AUGAAGAUGAAAUCCUAGAUAAUAAUUCUUGAUAUGAUGAUCUUGUUAAUCGUUUUGAGUGUUUGCACUUUAGGAAUCUAUGUUGAGGCCGUGAUAUUUUAUGAUAUCAGCCUAGAAUCUUCGAAUAUCAUGAUGAAUGUUACCGACAUUAAGCAGAUCGACAGCCUUGGAAAUCAAGUAGAAGCCUAUUUAAUAAAAAAGCAUAAAAGAAGCAUCUAACUCCUUGACAAUAUUGCUUCUUUUUUUUUUUAUUUGGCUAACCAUCAAAAACAAUUCCUCGUUAAUUAGGAUUUACAACUUUGCCUAACUGAAGAUGAUUACAAAAACUCACGAUAUAUUCAGAACAUUCCGUAGUUCUGCUAUUAAAUCCACAGUGAGCAGUAUCAAUAGAUUAUAUUAAAUGACAAUAUCAAGCUUUUGUAUUAAGGGCUUAAACAACUUGAUCAAUUCUCACUACUGUUCAAUAUGUAAUGGCCUAACUUUUUGUAGGUGGUAGACACAAGUCCAAUAAUAUUUGAUUCAUUAUAUCCAACAGGAUUAUUAUUGAAUAAUUAUAAUCCAUAGGAUAGGAUAUGGUAUCAAAAUCACAUGGCCUAAGCAAACAAUACAAAGAAUGAGUUUUACUUUUUUACAAAUGUCUACUAAGUCUUGUAUGGAACUGACAAGUUUAGUUUUUCAAUCACUCAAUCCUUGUUUGAUUAGUAAAAAGAGUUCUUCGCAAUAGUAAAAACAUAAGUAUAUGUAACGGACCAAAACUUACAGAAAAUAUAAUUUAAUGUCUUAUUAAUUAACUAAGAUGGCUAGGUUAUGCAUUAUGGAAUGGAAAAUCCAAUCAGAAACGUGGAGGCUUUAUAUAUCUACAAUGAGACAAUAACUGGGUUCAACUUUACGGAUUGGAAGGAAAUUGAAAAGAAGGCGAAUAACGAAUAAUCAAGUUAAAAUCAAUACGAUCAAAUAUUUAUGCUCUAUAAUAAACUAUACUAGUAAUUUGUUAAAAUAAAGUGUAAAAAAUUUAUAAAAGAGAAUUUUACACUAAUUUUGUUUACUAAUCUCACAUAAUAAAAUAUAUUGGAGCAAAGGAUAUUGGAUGAGUAAAAAGGAUUUUAUCUGCAGUAUGGUUAUGCUGUUCUUAUAAUUUUUGGUUUAGCAAUUCUGUUAUUCUGUUUGAGUGUAUUCUUUAUAAAUCUAAUUUGCAACCCAAUAGUAAAUUUAAGAUUAAAAAUAUCAUAACAUGUUUUAGAAAUGGGUAACAAUACCGAUAAAAUAAUGUUUAAAAUGCAAUCAUGCAAAAAGAACAAUAAUGAUGUUAUUAAUAAAUUAAAUGAAAUGUUCAUGAAUAUCUCGGAUACUCUCAAAUUAGACUCAAAUAAGAAGAAUAAGUAAUGUAGACUUAUUGAAAAGAUGUAGUAUAAUAAGCGAAAUGUUUAAGGGUCAUGUUAGAAGUUGAAUUAAUAAAUACAUUCUCUUUCAGAUUUCAACUUAAGAUAUGUUGAUUUCAACUAAUUUAAUAAAGAAGUUUUGGAUUUGUUGAUGAAUUGCACUUAUAGUCAAUUGUGA